GUCCCACACGGGCCCCACCAUCGCUGCUGCCCGCACUGGGGGGGUCCAGGUGCCAACGGACCCUCCCGGACACCCAUCGGCACGAGGUCUUCUCCAGGCGCUGGGAAGGAGCCCAGGAGUGGUGGUGGCUGCACUGAGGAGCCCCAUCGCCACCAGUUCCUGGUGGUUCUUGGAGGGGAAGGACCCCUCUUUGCUGUAGGAGCCUCCUGAAGACUCAUCUCCAUCACUAGAAGUCAUCCCACCAGAGGCUCAUCUGCGCUGGGUCCUCGCUGGACGUGGUCCCACCAAGGCCUCACCUCUGUCAGAACCUCAGCAGAAGGUUUUGUACUGGAGGACCUCAUCUGCUGCUGCUCUUCCACAGACGUGGUCCCACCAGGAUCCCAUCUCCAUCAGCUACUCCACAGGCGUGGUCCCAGCAGGAUCCCAUCUCCAUCAGCUCCUCUACAGGAGGGGUCCCACCAGGAUCCCAUCUCCAUCAGCUCCUCCCUAGGAACAGUCCCACCAGCUGAUUGCUCUGCAGGACCUCAUCUGCUGCUGCUCCUCUCCGGAAGUGGUCCCACCAGGACCCGUCCCCAUUGACACCAUCAGAAACCACCAGGACCCAUCUCCAUUGAUACCGCUCCAAUCAGGACCCAUCUCCUUUGACACCGCCCCAACCAGGACCUAUCUCCAUUGACACCACCCCACCAGGACCCAUCUCCACUGACACCACCAGAAACCACCAAGACCCAUCUCCAUCGACACCACCCCACCAGGACCCAUCUCCAUUGACUCCUCUCCAGACGUGGCCCCACCAGGACCCAUCCCCAUUGACACCGCCCCACCAGGACCCAUCUCCAUUGAUACCGCCCCAACCAGGACCUAUCUCCAUUGACACCACCCCACCAGGACCCAUCUCCUUUGAUACCGCCCCAACCAGGACCCGUCUCCAUUGACACCACCCCACCAGGACCCACCUCCAUUGAUACCGCUCCAACCAGGACCCAUCUCCAUUGACACCACCCAUCUCCAUUGACUCCUCUCCAGACGUGGCCUCACCAGGACCCAUCCCCAUUGACACCGCCCAACCAGGACCCAUCUCCAUUGACACCACCCCACCAGGACCCACCUCCAUUGAUACCGCUCCAACCAGGACCCAUCUCCAUUGACACCAUCUCACCAGGACCCAUCUCCAUUGACUCCUCUCCAGACGUGGCCCCACCAGGACCCAUCUCCAUUGACACGGCCCCACCAGGACCCCAUCAUCUCUCCCUCCAGCAGCCCCAUGGAGGCCUGGCGACAAUGUGCCCAGUGGCUGGUGGCGGCGCGGGUGCUGCCGGGGGGACACCGGGCCAGCAGCACCACGGGGCAGGUCUGGGACCUGGCGCAGGCGCUGCGGGACGGGGUGUUGCUCUGUCACCUCCUCAACGCCCUCCUGCCCCAGGCCGUGCCCCCCCGCGACAUCUGCCCCCGGCCCCAGAUGUCCCAGUUCUUGUGCCUGAGGAACAUCCGCACCUUCCUGACCGCUUGUGCUGACAAAUUCGGGCUCCCGAAGCACCGGCUCUUCGGCGCCUUCGACCUCUUCGACGUCCAGGACUUCGGCAAGGUCAUUGAGACCCUCUCGACGCUCUCCUGGACCCCCAUCGCCCAGAGCAAAGGCCUCACGCCCUUCCCCAUCGGUGACUGUGUUGGGGACGAGGACAUCUACAGUGGCCUCUCUGACCUCAUCGAUGACACGGCGGAGGAGGACGACGACCUCUAUGACUGUGUGGAAGCUGAGGGAGAUGAUGGGGACGACAUCUAUGAGGACCUGAUGCGUGUGGAGCCCCCCCCAGCUAUGAAGGUGGAGGUGGACCGAAGGCUCUGCUGCCUCCAGGAGCUGAGACAGACCGAGGAGAGGUACACGGAGACCCUGGAGGCCAUCUGCCAG